ACAAUUCUACAAUAUAAACUUAACCCUAAAUAAAUAAAUUUAUUCUAUGUAUUUUUAAUCAUUUCAAACUCAUAUCAUAAUAAUUAAAGUACAAAGGUCAAAGGUUCAUUUUAGAAUAACAAAUUAUUUAAAACUAUUUUAAUUUAGAUAUACCAUAGUGUUAAAAAAAUGUCAGUAUCAACAUUAUCCAAACCAGUAUCCACUUUAUUGCAUAUGUGUAGAAAAAAUUUCGUGAAUAGACUGUCUUCGACUAUGGCAUUUGAAACACUCUCCGUGUCUGUACCACAUGAGUUUGUAUAUCACGUCUCAUUAAAUAGACCUGAUAAGCUCAACGCUUUAAACAAGACCAUGUGGUUGGAAAUAGGAAAAUGUUUCAAUGAAUUAAAUGAAGAUGAGAAUUGUAGAGUAGUUGUUUUGUCUGGAGCUGGUAGGCUCUUUACGGCAGGCAUUGAUUUCGCUAAUUUAAUGGAAACGUCUCCUAUAAUAGCGGCACAAGACGAUGUAGCAAGGAGAGCUAAAAUUUUUUAUAAUUUUGUUGUAAAAUACCAGAAAAGUAUAACGUCUUUGGAAUUAUGCAAGAAACCCGUUAUAGCUGCUGUGCACUCAGCAUGCGUAGGAGCUGGAGUUGAUAUGAUUACUGCGGCCGACAUGCGCUACUGUACGAAAGAUGCGUGGUUUCAAGUAAAGGAGGUAGAUAUUGGAAUGGCAGCUGAUGUUGGAACUCUUCAAAGGUUACCAAAAGUAAUUGGAUCAGAUAGUUUAGCAAGGGAACUUUGCUAUACAGCGAGAAAAAUGCAUGCAGAUGAGGCAUUAAGUUCUGGUUUUGUGUCACGAGUAUUUGAAAAUAAAGAAAAAAUGCUUGAAGAAGUCUUAAAAAUUGCUCUAUCAAUCGCUAAAAAGAGUCCAGUUGCUGUACAAGGAACAAAGACAAGCAUUGUGUACUCAAGGGAUCACUCAGUUCAAGAUGGACUUGAUCAAAUCGCAUUCUGGAAUCAACUGAUGUUGCAAAGUGAAGAUUUUGCUGAAGCGUCAAUGGCACAAAUUAGUAAAGAACAUAAUGUUAAAUUUUCAAAACUCUAAAAUCUAUGAUCUUAUAAAGCAAAAUUAUAUUUUUUAUAAGGUU